ACGGGUCCUAAACGAAAGUAAUUAUUGGAGAACGGAAAUGGUUAUAAGCUUUGUUUAGUAUGUAAUUAUUUUUCAUUCAUGCACUUGUUGCGGACCACAGUGGGGUAUGGCCGAUGUCGCCUACUCCCGGCUUAUGUCAGUUCCACUCCUACCAUCGCGCUCACAAUCAGUCAGACACGCGCUGCUCAACAAACAAGCGAGUGCGCCAAAAAAUUUUCGAAAUCGCCCGGAAUCGCUGCGAGUGUGUUUUGUGCGCCGUUGAGAUGACCCAUCCGAUUUUUUAAUCCGGUGAAAAAUGAAACACCUGUGCAUUAUUCUUUUGUGUUUUGUGACCAGGACUAUUGCCAAUUUUGAACAUUCGGAUGUCCAAGUCCAGUAUCAAUGCCUCUCGAAAUGCGGCUCAUCACCGAAAUCAUCACACACGGCCCAUUAUGACUAUGCCUGCGACUACAAUUGCACCGUGGAACAGUGCAAAAAAGGAUGUAAUAUUUGGAAGAACGCCUUGAAUUCGUCUUGCCAAAAAGCUUGUAAUGGUGAUACAGGCAGACUAACACAAAAAGGGCACCACUGCGUUAUGGGCUGCAACGAUGCAAUCUCCAAAUAUUACCAACAACUGAAGCUACAUAUGAAAAUACCACCAGCGCCUGCUCUAGUUGCCGAUUCACUAAUGGCAACAUCGCUGAAGUUGGAGUGGAACUUCCCCGAAGCAAGAAAAGAUGGACUGAGUUGUCACGUUCAGUGGAAGUACGAGGAAGUUGACAGGUGGCAGUUUUGUGGUAAUGCCACCUGGGAUUCCACAAACACCAUCGUGUCUAUUAACAACCUCAAACCUUACACCAAGUAUAGAUUUCGCAUCGUGAUAGCUAUCCUUGGAUUCCUCGAACAGUACCGGAUCUUUUCAGCGCAAAGCGUUGUUAUAAGUACUGCCGCCCAUGGGCUGCCAACAUCGCCGCCGAAUAUUGUACGGGCCGCACCGGUCGAUUACUCAAGUAUUAGCGUCAGCUGGGAACCCGGCCUAUUCCCGCACGGUCCCCUCCUUUCCUACGUGCUCCAAAUCACCGACACCCGUCCAGAUUAUCAUUCGGAAGUCAAGGACAUUUCACCAGACAACCCAUACUACAUUUUCCAUAAUUUACGACCCCAAGAAACAUACAAUAUAUCAGUAAGUAUGAGUAAUAGUGUGGGGUCUGGACCAAAGGCAACAGUGUCAGUGAGAACUCCGCCAGAAACUACAGUUAAAAAUGCCCAAGAGCCAGUACUAAUAUUAGGCACUGACACAAGCAUCAUCGAACAAGAAGCAAGUAUAAUGGAUGAACCCGAUGUUAUUUACUCAGAUCACAAACAAAAAUUUAUAGGCAUGGGUAUACACAUCCGGAAAAAACUUCUAUUUAUCUCCAAUUCAAAAGGCCAAAUUGUAAAACUAUCACUAAACAAAUCACAAAGCCACAUCAUACCCGAAGUAAUACUGGACCAGUCGACUAUUAAUUUCACUCCUUUAGAUUUAUCGGUGGAUUGGCUUAACGACCAACUGUAUAUACUCGCAGAAGUUGAAUCAAAAAUGUAUCAAAUUAUAAGAUGUGCUUUGGAUGGUAGUGGUUCAACGGUAGCUAUAGCUGGUCUAAGUGUCAAACCAUCAUCCAUAGAAGUUGAUCCAUGCAAUGGAUAUCUAUUUUGGGUAAUUCAAGAUGAAACAAGAGGUGGCUUAUACCGGCUAGAUUUGGCAGAUAUAAGCAACGGGAUAAAACACGAAAUUCAACCCAAAAUGAUAGUAAACGACACAUCAUUGGGAAGUUUCGUUGUCGACUAUUCCAAUUUUCAUAUUAUGGUUUCAUUUCAAAAACAGAACACCAUUUAUGCCGUUUCUUUGGACGGUAAAGAGAGCACAAAUCUCAGAACCAAAGUAACUCAAUCAAAAUUCCAGAAAGUAAUUUCCUUGGCUUAUGCCAACAGAAAGUUCUUCUGGACGGAUGGUAGGAAAGUGUUUAAUGAGGAAUAUCACAGAGCACAUGACAGCUACUUCCACAACUCUUAUCCCAGUUCGCAAAAUUAUAAAAAAAUUUUCAUUAAUCUGCCAAGUUCACAACCUACACCGGCUCCAGUAAAUCCUCCAACAAAUGUUCAGGCUAUUUUCGGCUGUAACAUUGCUAAAAUUAAAUGGCAAGCUCCACACCUACUUGGAGUUCAAAGUAUAAGAGGCGCCUGGCAAAAUUGGUCAUACGAAAUAUUAGUAAUAGAAUUAGCCACGAACAAAACAAAAACUUUCAGAAAUAUUCUACACACUUCAUACACAGUAACGAAUCUUACAGAAAAUACUGAAUACAUUGUUAAAACAGUAGCGUACACUUCUUUUGGCAAAAGUCCUUGGUCUUCGGAAUUUCGUGGUGUGACGUUGAGCGAAUCAAAAAAAUCUAUGAUUUUAUGGUCAGCCGCAGAAGGACUCCUGAAAUCCAACGCAGCUGGAGAAGUUGUGGAAACAUUGAUAGACAAAACUAAAAUGAAAAAUUAUCACUACAUCGACGUGACGUGGUACAAAGAUAAAAUUUAUCUAGUUACCAACACCUCAGAAGUACAGUGGUUAAACAUUACAUCCCACACCCAAGGUAGUUGGGCAAAUAUGGACUCUGUUAGAAGUAUUGCAGUGGAUUGGAUUGGAAAGAAGAUUUAUUGGUCGAAUCCUAAACAACAACUGAUUUUUAGAGAAAAUUUAAAUGGAGAACAAAAGGAACAUUUGCCAAUUUACAUAGUAGCAAAAGAACUGAAAAUAGACUCAGUGAAGGCUUAUUUAUAUUGGUCGACUGGGUAUGCAGUAGAAUGUUCACGUUUAAAUGGUAUCGGCAGAAUAGAAUACCAAGAAGCCCAGUUUUUUCAUGGGAAGCAAGUUUUGGGAUUGACUUUGGACAUGGACAGCAAACAUGUGUAUUGGAUAAUUCGUGGACCUGAAGGUUCCAAUUUGUAUAAGGCUCCUAUGGCUGGUUAUUGGCCGGGGAAAGAAAAUCAAGCUAAAAAAGUUCAAACGUUUGAGCGACCAAAUAUGCAAGGUCCUCUGUGUUAUUUUCACAAUCGCCUGCUCUGGCUACAAGACGACAAAAGUGCAGCUAUAAGUGAUCCUAGUGGUAACAACAUUGCCACUGUUACUGGGAAGUCUAUAUGGGGCUUGAAUAUGGUCUACGUGAUUGAUUCAUCCUUACACACAUUACCAGAAAAUAUUACGGGUGGGGAGGUCAUCGUAAUCCCUGAACCAAUAGAUAGUAGUUCUAUUAGAGUUAUUGGAACAUCAUCAUCGUUCAACGUCUCUUGGGAUCCGAUAGAAAAUGUUAAUUACGGAGAAGUUUUCUACGAAAUUCAAAUCGAAAGUUUUUAUAAGAAAAAUAACUUCUCGUCGAAUAUUACAACGCAUCCAUCUGUGAAGUAUUGGGAAGAAGUAGAACCUCAUAUAAAGCUUCACAUUAGCAUUAGAGCUUAUACCUAUUGGGGAUCGUCAGAUCAAAUCCAUGCAGAAGUUUAUUCCCCAUCAUCGACCCCAUCUGUUCCGAUAAAUCUAAGAACUUAUGUCAUGUAUGAAUACCAGCAUAAUUCAUCUGGACAUGAGAACCAUGCUUCUAUCACAUUCAGGUGGAACAAGCCAUUGAAACCAAACGGAGAAAUUAAAGGUUAUAAGGUUUUCUGUUGGUACAUGGAAAAUGAUAUACAGAUGAAUAUUUGCAAUAAUCAAAUUACUGAAGCUGACCAACUUGAACACGUGAUUGAUCAUCUCAUGGAAAAUCAGAUAUAUUAUCUUCAGGUUCAAGCAUUUACUGAUAAAGGUGAUGGUGUAAUGUCUGAAACUUUAUCCGUAAACUCAAGUCACGAGUGGCCACUACCAACUCUGUUAAUAGCUUCAUCAGAUUCAAUAUUUAUAGAUGACAUCGACGCGAAUCACAAACAGCUCAUUAUUCACGGUAUUAACACGCCAGUCGAAAUAGCAUACCUUUUAAAAGAAAAGAAAAUAUUUUGGGUAAACCAAAUGAAUGAGUUAUUAAUGUACGACCUUCGUAUGAAUAAAACCAAAAAUUUUGAUAUAAAAAAGCUAGCGAAUGGUGUUACUGUGGACUGGUUGGAAAGAAGUCUUUAUUUUGUAGAAAGCGAUGAUAACUCGACAAUCUACAAAAUUGAUUUAAAUCAACUGGAUAAAAAUGUUAAAGAGAGUAGACCGAUUUACUCUACCACGGCCAGAAUAUCCAAAAUAGAAAUAUCACCAUUCACUAAAAAACUGUACUGGGUUGAAUCACCUGAUGGAUACUCACAUAGAUUGAUGAAAAGUGACACUGAUGGAAGGAACACUCAACUGUUUUUCCAACAUAAUGUGUACAAAAGGUCUGUUGAUGAGGAACUCUGCAAUUGUCCGGUAACCGUUACAGACAUCGAGCCAACUUUCACAAUUGACCACUCCAAUGUUAACAAUAAACCCCAACUGAUUUUUAUUGAUGAAAACAAAAAUAUUAUUUCAUCAGAUAAGGAUGGAUGUGUUUGUAACACAAUUGCUAACAACUCUGUGGUCAACAGCUAUCCAUUAGAAAGAGUAAAAUCUGAUUUUGGAACUUUAUACUGGACUAAUCCCUCUAGAAAUGUACUCUAUGCUUUAAAGAGGACAGAAUCAAAUGUGACCAGCAAAAAGGAAAACGUUCGGGACAUACUUAUAUUUGGUCAACAUAUGCAACCGUAUCCGGAAAAAGAAUGUUUGGCUCCUAAGCAACACGAUAACUUUACUGCCCAUUUGGUCAAAAAAACAUCAAAUUCACUGGUACUCAAAAUGCCCGAAUAUUUAAUUCACCCGAACUGUUCCGAUGUUUCGAUGGCAACUCCCGAGUAUAAAAUCCUCUAUUCGCAGUAUAAUAAAUCCACACCGUUUUGUACCGAAGAACUUUGCCAAGAAAUUUUAACAUUUCAAGAUGUUUUUGAAAUCACUGAUUUAAAACCGUUCACAGAAUACAUAAUUUCGGUGGGUGUUAGCAAUCAUUUUUCUAAAAAUGAAGAGACUGUUACUGGACCUCCCGUUAUAUAUAAAACAGCUGCAGGAGCUCCAUCAAAGCCACGAAACGUAUCUGCCGUAGUGUUAAAUCCUACUUUGGCGGAAGUUAAUUGGUUGCCGCCAAAGGAACUUAACGGUUUGCGAGUGUAUUACGAGAUUCAUUGGCAAACUGAGGGCAGUCUUUCGGGAGUGCGUCAAAAAGGCGAACAACCGGUACAAGUGCAGCACUACAAGAACAAUAGUAACAUAUUAACAACGUUGCUACAGAAAUUGUCGCCCAACUCCACAUAUAUAGUGUGGGUGAAAGCGUAUAGCGAAACUAAUGAAACAUCGAGUGACAGUGACAGAGUGCAACUUACAACUUACGCAAAGCCUGGAGACUUAGAACUGGUCAAUAAGACGGCCUACUCCUUAAGGCUUUCUUGGAACAAAAGCUCCAAUAUGAAGGAGUAUAGGGUGGAGUAUUCACCAAUAACGUCUAAUGAUUGGACAUCAGCGGAAAUUGGAAAACUUGAUAAUUUGAUCAAAGUGGAAAAUUUAAGGCCAAAGAUGCAAUAUAAAUUUCGAUUGUGCAUAUUGUACAAAAAAUAUCCGGAAUGGUACGUGUGGCCUACGGACACCCGUUUUACUUUCGAGACCUUGGGAGAUAAACCCAGUCCUCCAGGCACUCCCAUAAUUCAAUAUGCAAAACCUAAUGUUUAUAAAGUUCUGUGGGAGGCAGCGAAAGAUAACGGAGCCCCAAUUGAAAUGUACAUGCUGGAAGGUUUGAAAAUAAAAACGUACAGAUAUAAGAGGAGUACGAAUCGUACUGCAUGGUUUUAUACCGCGCCAUCAAUUGAAGAAGAAGAACGACAAUGGGAGUCGUUUUAUAACGGAACAAACACCUCUUGGAUUAUUGAGGGUUUAAGUGACAAAUUCAAGUACUCGUUUAGAGUGUCAGCCUUAAAUGCAUAUGGCUGGAGUAUUCCAAGCAAAGAAAGUACUGAAUUUGACUUGAAUGAGGCAGCAAGGUGGACCGAAAAACAAAAUCCGGGCAACUUAAUUCUCAUUGCUAUUGGUAUACCACUAAUGAUUGCUAUAUGUGGCUUAGUUUGUAUCCUAUAUGCUGUUUUUAAAAAAUUUUUCAAACCUAAAAAGAAGCCAGAGUUUGUUGCCGCCCCUCGGAGGCCCGAUGUGGAACUUGCAACUCUAAGGGAGCUCCCUAGAACUGGUGUGCAUAGUACCAAUAUUUUAUACGUUUCCACGCAACCUCCUUCAGAGGAUGUAACUUUACUACCGCACAUACGUCGAGAUCAAAUUACGCUCACAAAAUUUCUGGGGAGCGGUGCUUUUGGUGAGGUCUAUGAAGGAAAAGCUAAAGGAAUUCUUAACAGUAGCAAAGAUACGAAAGUAGCAGUGAAGACGUUAAGAAAGGGGGCAUCCGACCAAGAAAAGAGUGAGUUUUUGCAAGAGGCGGAGCUAAUGAGUCACUUCAAGCACGAGCACAUAUUGCAACUCUUGGGAGUAUGUUUGGACAAUGAUCCGAGUUUCAUCAUCAUGGAACUUAUGGAAGGAGGCGACCUGUUAACUUACUUGAGGUCUUCACGCAAUCCAUCGUCAUCAACCCCCAAUUUAACACUGAUCGAGCUGCUUAAAAUGUGUGUCGACGUAUCGAAAGGAUGCCGCUACCUCGAAGAAAUGCAUUUCGUUCACCGAGACUUGGCAUGCCGUAACUGUCUUGUUUCCAGUGUCGACACUGAAUCCCGUAUUGUCAAAAUAGGUGACUUUGGUUUGGCCAGAGAUGUUUACAAAAACGACUACUACAGGAAAGAAGGAGAAGGAUUACUGCCAGUGAGGUGGAUGGCCCCAGAGUCCCUUGUAGAUGGGAUUUUUACUAGUCAGUCUGAUGUGUGGGCUUUUGGUGUGCUUCUCUGGGAAAUUAUGACUUUAGGACAACAACCGUAUCCGGCAAGAAAUAAUAUGGAAGUUUUGCAUUACGUCAGGCGUGGAGGUCGAUUAGGCAAACCAACUGAUUGUCCGAGCGAACUCCACAAAUUGAUGUUGAAAUGCUGGGAAUCGGCACCCGAAAAGCGACCGACAUUUAAAUACUGCCUUGAUGUUCUGGUGAAUUUACACCAGGAUAAUUUACGUAACCCCAUGACGGCAGCUCAUGAGGGUCAAUAUAUUAGUACAGUACCUGAUCGUACCUCUUGGGACCAGGAAUUGGACGACAAAGAAAAAAUGCCCUUCCUAUCAGAUAGUGAAAGCCAAGAUAUGCCAAAAUAUUUGGAACUUCUGUAUGAACGAGAGAUUCCUUAUUUGGAGAACGACGGGUACGAAAUACCCAAUCAGCUGGUGACGCAAAUCGACAGUGAAAACUGCUCCACCAAACCGAGUUCCUUAAGACAUUCGUUUUCCAGUGAGACGGACAAAUUAAGUGCGAAUGCGAACGACGAUAGCCAAAUUAUAUCGUAUAAUAAAAUGGAAAAGCCUACCGCAUUUUAAGUGAUACGUUUAUUGUUAAUAUUUGUUGUAAAUAUGGAAAUUAUUUAUUAGUAGUUUAAACCAAGAAUCUUAAUUCAUAUCAACAGAUAGGGAACAGUAUCAAAUACCAAUCUCUCAAUUUAUUCGUUAAGAAUAUGAGCAAAGCGACAUUAAAUUAAAGAAACUGCAAGGUAAUUCAUAUUAAAUCUUAUAUUAAGACAUAUUUUUAUGAAAUUACUUGUAGUACUCACAAAUAUUGCCAAUAUUUAAUUUACACAAUUGUUAAAUUUCUUUUUAUAGUAGAAUUUACAUUUUGUUUAAUUAAAACUAUCAACAUAAGUUAGAUAUUACUAUGCCAUCCUAUAUAAAAAAUAAAUAUGUAGAAAUUGUUUAAAGCUAUUUCUAUAUAUUUUUUUUGUUUCAACUGGCCAAUCUUUGGAUGAUCCUCCACAAUCCAUACAUAAUUUAAUAAUUUACUUCAAAGACAGUAUUCCAUAAAAGAAUCAAUAGUUAUAUUAAGUAUUAUUAUAAUAUAAAUUAUAAUGUAAGUUGUUGACAGUGCCUGUUCAUAAUAAUUGUAAAUAAGAAAAUUGUGAUUUAGGUUAGUGCAAUAAAGAAUUUGAACAGAGUAUGUGUAUUGUUAUAAUAUAUUUCUUUUACAAUUAUGUAAUGUGAGGAAAAAUUGUAAGAAUAAAUGACAAUGUUUUUAAAUA